AUGAAAUUACAGCGAAAAUCACGAAACCAUUUAUUUCACCUUACUCUCGCAUUCAUUCUAUUAUUAUUCUUUCUUCUCUGCUUGACCCCAAGGACUCUUACGUUGUCUUCCUCGAGCCAGCUGACAACAACGCGUCAACAGGGAUCAUGGGAGGAGAUUAAUAAUGUCUCUGAGGACUCGAAUUACUGUGCUCCUUCGGGUCUCAUUAGUGAUGCCCACUGUGAUUUUGAAACCGUAGAGCGAAUCAAUACAGAUAUUUCUCCAAAACUACAUGAACUCAUAAAAACAGACUUUUUCAAAUAUUACAAGCUUAAUUUAUUUAAAGAAUGUCCUUUUUGGACGGAAAAUGGUCAAUGUAUGAAUCGUGCCUGUUCAGUAGAAACCAUGAACAAGUCUGACGUACCGGAGAUUUACAAGAGUGAUGUGCUCGGUGCAUUACAUACUUCACCUGCUGGGCUGCUUUUUCGUCCUUUUGAAAAAUGCGAAUUCACAGAUCGAGAUUUUUGUGUAGUCGAAGAUGAAAACGAUGUUGAGGGUGUGUUUGUCAACCUUCAAGAUAAUCCUGAACGAUUCACCGGCUACGCAGGACCAUCCGCCGGCCGAGUCUGGAAAUCAAUAUACGAAGAAAACUGUUUUAAUGUCGCACAACGGCUGGAUCCGUCACGCAAAAACAAACUUACCUCCUCUUUAUCAGUAUGCAAAAAUCAAUUAUCGAACAUAAUGUUAGGCCAUGAUCAAACUGAUUAUGGAAACGACAAUGACGAAGUCUGUUUUGAAAAAAGAGUUUAUUACCGUUUGAUAUCAGGAUUACACUCUUCCAUAUCUAUACAUAUAUGUGACGAAUAUCUGAAUCAAACCACUGGAGAAUGGGGACCGAAUCUUGAUUGUUUUACCUCUCGUAUCGGCUCUCACCCAGAACGAAUUCAAAACAUUUACUUCGACUACGUCAUCCUCUUACGAGCAAUCUCAAAGAUGUCACACUAUUUGAAAGAAUACGAAUUUUGCGCAGGUGGUGACAAGAAUGAAGAUUUAAGAAUUAAGGAUAUGGUCACCGAGCUUGUGAAUGCUGUGACAUCUUGUCCCAGGACGUUUAAUGAGAAAUUAAUGUUUGCUUCUGAAGAUUCUCGAUUAUUAAAAGAAGAAUUCAAAAAUCGCUUUAGAAAUGUCUCUCGUAUAAUGGAUUGUGUUGGAUGUGACAAGUGCCGAUUGUGGGGAAAAUUGCAAAUAACUGGGAUUGGCACAGCAUUAAAAAUUCUUUUUUCAUACGAUGAUGAAUAUCUUGAUCCACAUGUGAAUUCAAAUCUACUAACUCGAACUGAAAUCGUGGCUCUUUUCAACACAUUUAAUCGAUUUUCCGAGAGUAUCAGUGCAAUAGAACGAUUCAGAAGACUAUAUCGUGAGAGUAUGAAAGUUCAAGCUAAAAAUAACAUUGGUGAAACUGAUGAUGGCAUAACUACUACAACUUUCGUUUCAACGGAAAAAAAUUACACAUCAACAGAAUCUACAAAACUAACGACACAUCGUAUCAUCGAAUUUGUAUUCUCUCUUAAAGAUAGCAUCAUUCCAUACGCGAAAAAUUUAUCAUCUUUCAUAAUUCGUCAACUUGAACAUUGGCACAUUCCUGUGCCGUUUGGGAUCUCAGUCAUAGAAAGUUAA